AAUUAAUAUAAAAACCCUUAGUUAUUAACAAUUAGUUAUCAGUUCAGUAAAAUCUGUAAAACUAAACAAAUCAAACAAAAUGUUCAAAUUCUUAGCUUUGUGUUUAUUCGCUGUUAUUGCCUUGGCUGCCGCUAAACCCGGUAUUGUGGCACCUUUGGCUUACUCGGCUCCUGUAGUAGCUGCUACCACACCUUACGCUGCUGCUUACACUACUCCUUAUGCUGCUGCCUAUACUGCUUACUCUGCCUUCCCUUAUGCUGCUUCUCCUUAUGUAGCUGCUCCUUAUACCGCUGCCUACUCCACUUAUCCUUAUGCUGCUUCUUACUUGUUGCGCAAGUAAAUUUAGAAUUAAAGGACUCGUUGGUUAUGAAAAAGUGCAAAGAAUUUGUUUACGGAAUUUAUAUGACUGAUGAAAAAAAAAACGCUAAAUAAAUAAAUUUACUCUUAUAGAGUGAAAUUUUGUUUAAAACGAA